GCCGCAUGUUUGUCUUCAAUCUCAGGCCAACGCGUCUUCCCCCGCUUGUGCUCAUUCAUGUUGUGAAAGUUCGUUUCAAACGGUAAUCAACGUCCAUAUAUUGCAGUACUAUGGCUUCUUCCAAGGGCAAGGCGAGGGAGGAUGUUCACUGGCAACUGGGUUGGUGGGAGCUCUCACCAUUGCUCGAUCGAGCGCACAGACCUCUCGCUUGGUCUAAGUCUUCCGUGAUAUUCUCUGCCCAUCACACGAAACCUCUGGUCCUCGCCCGCCAUUUCAACUCCUCAAGACAUUUCGAGCUCGCAGUGCCACAGGCUAUUCGGCUUGACCCCGACUCAUACAGCCCACCUACAUUGAUAUACAUAUCACCGGAUGAUGACUGGCUCUUUGCGUACUUUUCUGGCGCCAAGGAUAACAUUGGUUGCCUCUGGCAUAGAGGUCUACAUCUGGAUGCAUGGACCAUUGGGGAUUCUUGGAGUAUGGCACAUGGAGCUGGCAUAGUCGCCGCUGCAUGGGUCACGUCACAUAGGGAGUGGGUUGUCAGCGACUCAGGCACGGCAUCGAGAUUGCCACCUCUUGGCCCGACAUUGCCUUUCAACAGUCCUAUUCUACUGCUAGUCACAGAAUCACGGGAUGUGAAUGUCUGCUUGCUACCUCCUUCCGUCCCAUCAGUGAAGAUUCUGAGGACUUCGUUAGUGCAAUCGACUACCGCCAGUGAAAGUACAUCGCCUCCCCUUGAGGGUACCUCGCUCGGUGGACGACACGUGUGCAUUGCUGCAGCUAUUGGGUUGAGUUAUAAUGAUCCCUCCAUUUUAAUUGCCAUGCGCUCCCACUUACUUCCUCCAGACGACCCAAGUUCAGACCACCCUUUGGAUAUGGUUCUUCCCCUUGAUUUGGAUCAACCAUUACCGGCCGCACAUACUACCUCGACUGCACAAUCUAAUUUGUGGGAGAUCUGGGGUGAAGAGGCUAUGAUUGAACUCUGUGAAGUGACAUUAGGAAAGGGUGGUGCACCUACGCAAGUCUCAACUAAACCCCUUCCACCGAUAUCACGUCCAGGUUCACGCAUCGCCGACCUGACAUUUUUCUGUAGUCAGCCAGAACCGCCUGGUAAUGCAUCGCCCAUGGCCACCAAGGAUCCACGACGACAAGCCAAGGAACAAGCUGACAAGCGUGGCAGCAUAUAUUUAGCUGCGACAUUUAUCAACUGUGUUGACUAUACUUCUCCGCCGCAAUCGGAAGUUACCAUAUAUUCAUUUACUCGCAACCCUGCGGCAUCUUCUCGCUGGAGUUUGUAUAAGGAGCAUACCCGGACGUUCACUACGGCUGUUCUCGCUUUCUUGAUACCCUCACCUUCAAAGACGAAUGUCUUCGCGGGUUUCCUGGAUCUUUCCGGUACGUAUAGACGGUCCAAGAAGAAACCACACGAAGUAUCGAUAGGAAACAUUGUAGCAUUGAGCUUGCCUGAUCUAACCAAUGAUGACCGCUGGGAGUCAUCACCAAUCAUGUCAAUAACUGACUACGUAGGACGAGAUGUGCCAGCAGGUCUUGCAACGUCUCCAAACAAUGUCCUACUUUGCAUGUCUUCGUUCACCCCGGAACCUCGCGUUGCAAUCCACGCUCUUCCCAGGAGAAAGCCCAUUCCUGGUCCGAAUGCUGAAUCUCGAGCAGACCUUGCCAGGUUUCUUGCCGCUGCUGUAUUAGCUCACAGCUCGCUAUCGGAUAUUGUCAGUUUGUUGAUUUCGAAUUCAAGUCCUGAUGGUCUGCUUUCCAGUAGCUUGGUGGGUGCGAUGGCCAUACUCGAGAAUAAUUCGUUUGGUCUCUCGGACGUGUGGUUAUACGAAGUCUUAGGGGUUGCAACUGAGAUCGCUCGUGGAAAAUAUUUGAAGGCGCCUGAUUCCGCGGAGAAGGCAUUGCUGGAGGCUCAGUGGACGAGUCUUCAUGACAUGUGUUCUGUCGCUACGCUUGAAACGGCUUUCUCGGAUUGUCGAGACGGAGACUCUUAUGACUUAGAGGCAAUAUGGCAACUAGUUGGGCUGGCAAUGUGGUUCAAGGACUAUCUGGAGAGACUCAUCAAAGACUGCGUAACCAUCGGCGAUAACUUUGCGAACGCACAGACACAAGUAUCUGCCAUUCCACUAGGCCUCGCCAAUUCUAGUCUUUUGCACUUCCUGCAUCGCUAUCCGCUGAACAAUUUACAAUCUACUGUAUCUCACGUGAAACGCCUCCGUGACGAUCUCAAGAGUCUUAGCCCGAAAGUGGAGAAUGCUCAAAUGGCGAAAGAGCUUCUUAUGGAUUCGUUCGCGUGUUCUGGUGUUGACGUGGAUGCACUUAGCUCUGUGCUAGAAGAGGUCAAGGUUAUUUCGGCAACAAUUUCGGCAUCUGAACUACGACAAUGCCUAGCGAGCUUCUCCCCCAUACCUUCGCUUCGGCCUCAGAUACAGCAGAUUGUGGAGAAGAUUUGCAGCUCGAAAACAGUCAAUCGACAAAAGCUCUUCAUUAAAGCGGCAGACCUUGUCGAUGCUAUUUACCAAUGGCCUGCAGCCGAAUAUGCGAAGGAGAAGGACAGAGAUAUUGUCACUAAGGGUGUUUUACUUCAUCGUGGUACAAUUUUGAGGUGUGUACGAUGUGGGGGCAGGUAUGAGGUGAGCGAUGGUAAAGUCGGCGAUCAUAUUUCAUUGCGAUGGCGGGCAUGGGAGAGAACAUGGGCAUAUCAAUGUAUUUGUGGUGGUUCUUGGACUUUUUCUGUUGUAGCUCCAUAGUGUACAUUAAUAUCAAGGAAUGGCUUGGAGAGUCAACGUGAGUGCCUGCC